AUGGAGGAAGUAUUGAAGUAUUCUCUCCGCCCAUUCCCUAGUUCAUUGGCAACAAGUGAAGGAGACCUUGUUAAAACUGCCAAAUCAAAAUUACUCCACAAGAUUGAAGAAGACGUUCCGCCGGUUCCGGGUGCUUGUGUCGACCUCCCGGCUGUUGAAAAUAAGGCAUGCAUUCUUGAUGCAAUGGCGGUAUUGCAAACGUUGAUUGUCAUUCAAGCAACAUUUGGCAAACUUGCAACCAAUUUACUUACGAAGGUCGUCAACGCUGCAAUUUUUUCCAAAUGCAAACGGGUGGAUUUCGUCGGCGACCGAUAUCCACGUCAAAGUAUUAAGAAUCGGGAGAGGGUCAGACGAGCCAUGAGCGGUGUCCAGGUGAUACGCAUAUUUAGUGAGCAGCAAAACGUUCCUCGUCAGUGGAAGAAAUUUAUGUCUUCAGGUGAUAACAAAGAAGAAUUGAUGAAAUUUAUUUUUAGUACCUGGAGGAAGGCAGAUCCGCAAUUAUUGAAGGGCGUAGAGGUAUUUUUAGCACACGAAGAAAUUUGUCACAGAUUUUUUUAUUCAAAUGGGGAGAUGAUGUGCUCUGAAAUCGGAGAACUUUACUGUGACCACGAAGAGGCGGACACAAUGCAUACUUCUCUGGAAUAUCGCACCAUCAUAAUCAAGAGUCCGGAUACAGACGUGCUUUUGAUCGCACUUAACGCUUGCGUAGGCACUGAUGCUGAUAUCAUGUUUGAAACUGGUGUAGGAACCGGAGGACGGAAUAUUUCCGUCACCAAGAUUAGGCAUUGUCUUGGAGAUCAAUGGUGUUGCUCGCUAAUCGAUCUACAUGCAAUUACGGAUUUGUUGUUCUGCAGUAUUUAA